UUGGGGUCAUUGACUGACCCGCCUGUCCCAGGGAAUUCCGAGAAGGAGUAGCUGCCUGGAAGAAAACUUCUGCUGAGCGUCAGACGGAGACUUUAGUCGGAUAGCAGUCUCUUCUCAACAUGUAUAAACUUGUUUCUUGCCUAAGAAGCUACAGUGCAGUAUUAACAGGGAAGUCCUGCUUUCGUCCCGGUUUGUCCAAACUCCACUUGGCAAGUGGUGCAUUAUGUCAGAAAUCAGCCUUCAAAUACCCUCCCACAGACCUCCCAGAGAUGCCGCCAUGCAAUUUCCAACCUGAAGAAUACAAGGGUAUGUCCAAGGAGCGGAUGAUGGAAAUCCGCAAACUAAACUGCAACCCCAUGACGAUGAAGGUUACUAGCUAUAAGAAGCCAGUCUUCGUCCACCAGGGAUUCAUGCAGUGGCUGUGGGAUGUGGAUGGGAGGCGAUAUUUGGAUCUGUUUGCUGGUGUGGCUACUGUCAGUGUAGGCCACUGCCACCCGAAAGUAACGGCAGCAGCAGAGCAUCAGUUGAGACGACUGUGGCACACGACAAACAUCUACGUCUAUCCUACUCUCCAUGAGUACUGUGAGAAACUAGCCUCCCACUUACCGGAUCCUCUUAAGGUUGUAUAUCUAACCAAUAGCGGCUCAGAAGCCAAUGACCUGGCGAUGUUGAUGGCUCGGCUGCACACUGGCAACUUUGACAUCAUCACUUUGAGAGGAUCCUACCAUGGUGGGAGCCCACAGACCAUGGGUCUAACUUCCAACGCUGCAUAUAAAUACCCCAUAGCCAACGGUUUGGGCUGCACUAAUACCAUGUGUCCUGAUGUGUUCAGAGGUCUGUGGGGAGGAAGCCACUGCAGGGACUCUCCUGUGCAGACUAUCAGAGACUGUAGCUGUGCAAAAGGUCAGUGCAUGGCACACGACCAAUACAUUGGACAGCUCAAAGAGACGUUUGUCACGAGUGUCCCCAGUCGAAUUGCUGCUUUCUUCGGGGAACCUAUUCAGGGAGUUGGAGGAGCUGUGCAGUAUCCUAAAAACUACCUCAAGGAGACUUACGAACUUGUAAGAGAGAGAGGAGGGGUCUGCAUCGCUGAUGAGGUCCAAACUGGAUUCGGACGAACGGGAACUCACUUCUGGGGUUUCCAGGGUCAUGAUGUCAUCCCUGAUAUGGUUACUAUGGCAAAGGGCAUAGGUAAUGGAUUCCCAAUGGGAGCUGUUGUUACAACUCCAGAAAUUGCUGCCUCUUUCGCUAAGGGGGUUCACUUCAACACCUUUGGAGGGAAUCCUGUGGCUUGUGCCAUUGCGUCAUCAGUGCUUGAUACUAUCAAAGAGGAUGGCGCGCAGCAGAUCAGUCUCAAUGUGGGAACUUAUCUGAUGACACAAAUGGCCGAACUCAGAGACAAGUAUGAGAUUAUCGGUGAUGUCCGCGGAAAAGGCCUCCAGAUCGGAGUGGAAAUGGUCAAAGACAAGGUCAGCAGGGACCCUCUAGCCCCUGAGGCGAUAGCUGAGAUCUUCGAGGACAUCAGGGACAUGGGAGUUCUGAUAGGGAAAGGAGGCGUCUAUGGACAGACCUUCCGCAUCAAACCCCCCAUGUGCAUCACGAUGGAAGACGCAGAUUACUUCCUGGCAGUUUUUAACAAGGCCAUCCACAACUACAUGGAGAAAAGAUAAAAGGUCAGCUGGAUAGCUGGAUGUUGAUCUUUUUGUAAACUUUUGUAAAUGUGCUUACGUAUCGUGUAAUUAGAAUAUUUUCAAAACAUACCUCACUUUUAAAUGAUAAAGGAAUCUUGUACUGUGCCUUACUUACAAUGGAUUUGAAAUGUAUGUUAUUUGGGGAUUUACUGAAUCAUGCUUGGAUAUUACUUUCAAUGAUUGUUUUAAAAAAGUGUCAUUUCUGAACACACUUUGAGUCCUGCUUGUUUCUUAAUGAUUAAUGUGAAAGUAAAAAUUAAGAAUGAAAGCCCUGAGAACGACAAUUUGUCACACUGCCCCCUGCAGGAAUAUUUCAUACCAAUUUGACCUGUUAGUUGCGAGGAAGCAGAACAUUAGAAGUGAUUUAAAUUAUCACUUGAAUCUAUGUUUUUCUCUGCUCUGCAGUAUCCAAAUCCUUUGCUGAGGUAUUGUCUGUAAACACUUUUAAGGGAUAACCUGUACUAACUUUCAGGUUCUUAUCUUUGUUUCAACACCUGAUGAAGUUUGUUUUCUGUUCAUCUGUAUUGUUUAUACUUGGAUUACUUCCUCUGGUUUAGGGCCACUCGACAAGCCCCUCUGGGUUUCUUUAGCUUCUCCUGCACUUUUCUUUCUGAAGUUAUGUUUUACUUCCUAAUCAUUAUGUGCUGCUUGUUAUUGUUCUUUAAUGGGUUUUUUUUUCUCAUGUGCAAUAAAAAUAAAUCUUAAGGGCA